AUCUUAAGUUUUCCCAGUAUUUAGGUCUUCCUGGUAGUAUACAAUGGACUUCCGGAUGCAAAAUAAGUAUAGGGGUUUCUCCUGGAUUCGGUAUCACGUUAUCAGAUUCUUUUGGUGCUUCGUGGGAUUGGGCCAGUUUCUAG